AUGAACGUCGUCGCGUACACCACUCCGGAGCAGCGGUCGGUGAUGGACACGGUGGAGCAAAUGCAGCACCACCAGGCGGCCAUCGCGGCGAACCGCACGUACUCGAGCGAAGUUGCUACGCUUACUGAAGCCGAUUCUCAAAACGUCCACGACAUCUAUGUUGCUGCAAACCUGGAUGUCAAGCCCUGCGAGUACUUCCUUCAGUCCCAAAACAUCAGCGUCCCCUAUUACGUCGCUCCGACUUACGAGAGCUACGUCCCCCCUGGAGGCUCCGUGAUCACCCACAUGCCGCCGCAAAUCAAGAGGAUGAAGAAGCGCUGCUGCGCCUGCUGCUAA